AUGAGGCGAGAAAAUAAACAAACAAAUAUAAAAGACCUAUGGAAUAAGAUGACAACAUUACGACAUCUUAUUAUAGAUGAUGAAAUCGAACCUAAUCAAGCAAUUCAAGAAGUUUUUGAUCGUGCUGGAAAAGCAGUACCAGAAUGGUUGAACGAUGAACUCGUAUUUUCACCUAUAUCGAAAUGCUUUGACGAAGACUUGCAAAAACAAAUCGAUAAAAAUAAAAUCCUUCAAAGAAAAUUAUCAGAUUUAUUAGAACAAAGAAAUAUGGCUACAAGACAGUCAUUUAGAUCAAGUAAAAACGAUCCGAAAACUCUUGAAGAUCUUAAAAAAGAAAUUCAAGCUCUUGAACUUGAAAAUCAACAAUUACUUAGCUUCCAAUCGACAAUGAUAAUGGGAAGUAAUAAUUCAUUGGCACAGAAACUCAGCGAUCUUGAUGAUGAUGUGAAUGCUCACGCAGUACAACUCAACGAUCUUCGAAAUGAAAUCGCAAAGAUCAACGAAGUUAAGCAAGAAUGCAUUAGAAGUUACAACGAUCAAAAGGCAGCACAUACUAGCAAUUUACAAGAGCUAGAUAGUCUCACAGAAGAAACAAAGAAGUAUCGAAUCACAAUUAAACAGCUAGCAUCAUUUAAGAUGCAAAUUCAGAAGAUGUGUAACACUCUUUCGCAGAGAUGCAAUCAAACAGAAGCAUUUAUUCAAGGUUUAGAGCAGGCAAAACAGACAAAUUCCAAACAAUUAGCAAAACUUCAAGAUAGUUAUAAUGAGCAUCAACAACUUGUUCAAUCAUAUGAAAAUAUUGAAGAUAAAAUCAAGAAACAAGAACAACAGCAAGAUGUUGUCUUAAAUAAAAUGAUUGAAUCUGUUGAACUCUGCGAAGAAGCAUCUGCAGAAGCUCAGAAAGCAAAGAUGACAAGAGAUAUGUAUUCAGAAGAACUUGCAAGAAUAAAAUCUGUUGUUUCUUCAACACAAGAGAAAUUUAAUCAAGCAAUUGAUGAACAAGAAUCACAAAUGAAAGUUAGAUUCGAAUCAGCACUUUCAACAAUAGCAAGUAGAAUUAAAUUGAUCGAGAGUGAAAACCAACAGUUAUCUUCAAAUAAAGAAGCAAUUUCAAAACAGAUUUCGGCUGCAAACCAAGAAAAUUCUAUUUUAAAGGCAACAAAAAGCGACAACGGAUUCUCAUCAUUCGUUGAAACUAUUUCUGGCCUUAAAGCAGAGAUUGAUGCUUGUUUUACGAAGAAAGAACAGUUAGCAGCGCAAAUUGAAUCAUCAAAGCAGAACAUUGAAUCAUUUAAGGAUAAAGAAAACCAAGUAAGAACAUUCUUAAAGAGUGAUCAAGGAUUAUUACUCCAAAAACGUCAAUAUUUAGAAAUGGAAUUAGAAAUGCAAAAGUCUUUGCUCAAAGAUACUCUUGCAAAGAAUGCUAAACUUACAUCUGAUAACAUAUCUCUCACUAAUCAAAUCCAAGAACAACAUGCAUCUGUUGAACAAUCUGUUAACAACGAAUUGAAGGGACAUCAAGCUCAAAUAACAGAACUUCAAGUCCAAAUAGAUGAAGUUACCAAAGCAAAUGAGAGUGCAAUCUCUGAUUUUGAAAAACAGAUUUUGAUGCAAAAGCAACUUGCUGAUAAAUGGAAGGCAGGCGCAAUGCAAGUUACAACAGAGGCUGAUAUGGACCAUGAACAGCUUGAAAAUAACCUCGAAGUUAUGCAAGAUAAAAUUGAAGAUCUUCUUGCAGCCAUUGUUGAGAAGAAACAAGCUGCCGCUCGCUAUAAAUCUCUCAUAGAUCAACUAUCAACAGAAACUUCUACUAUAAAGCAGACAUUAGAUAUGAAAGAAAAGAAGAGUAGAAGAAAUGCAACAGAAAUAGAGGACAGAACAACAAAGCAGAUGGAUCUAAUAAACAUGAGAUCAAAGUAUCGUGAUACUUCAGAGAAGUUAGAUCUAAUGAUCGCACAGAAGAAGAGAGAACUUGCAAAGAUUCAGAAACAGACUGAUAAUCUUGGUGAAACUGAAUCAGAAUUAUAG